UGUGAGAGGUCACGAGUAGGCAUGUAAAAGGAGAGAGGGGGAAGAGAGACAGGAGGAGAGUACUUAAUCCUUUGUAGAGAUCGCCCAGCUAAAUGAUAUUUAAACGUUUACUUAUUUGUAACCAGUUGUAACCAGUAGCGGCACCAAAUAAUUAUGAUUGCGGGGGUUGGUGGCCCGAGGUAGUCGUGGUUGUCGGCGAUAGGAUGUGUGUUUCAGGUGUGUGUUUACAUAAAGUCUCUCUCAGGGUGGUGUGGAUAAUGGGACACGAGAGUUGCAGACUCUUAUAACAUGGGCUCCUGUCUGGUCGUUCCUGUACUUCUCGCCACAUUAUUAUUAAAAGCAGAUUUUAAAUAAAAUUUAAUAUUUGUCCUAACAAAAUGACUUGGGGUUUCGGGAGAGGGGGGCUUGGAGGGGGCUUAGCCUUUUUCAGGGGAGCUCAAGCCCCCUCCCCUUGUAACCGCCGCUGGUUGUAACCCUAAUGAACUGAAUUACAAUACAAAAAAUACAUGAUGCUUCAAUAAAAAGUCUAAUUAAUAUACGAGUCUCAAACACUACAAAAAACUCAAAUUGAAUAAACAUAAGAAUCUAAUGUAUAUAUUGGCUAAAUUAAUAAAACAUCGACUCUAAUUUAAGAUUUCUCCUUCAUUAUGUUAAAAUUAAAAGGUCUAAGUUACUUUAAUGUGUUCUGUUUAUUUUGUGUGAAGGCUCAAUGGCUGUUGUCUGUCAGAGGGAUGCUGUGAAGCUCUGGCCUCAGUUCUCAGCUCCAACUCCUCUAGUCUGAGAGAGCUAGACCUGAGUAUCAAUGAUCUGGAGGAUUCAGGAGUGAAGCUGCUCUCUGCUGGACUGGGGAGUCCACACUGUACACUGGAAACUCUCAGGCUAAAUGGCUGUCGUCUGUCAGAGAGAUGCUGUGAAGCUCUGGCCUCAGUUCUCAGCUCCAAGUCCUCUAGUAUGAAAAAGCUGGAACUGAGUACCAAUGAUCUGCAGGAUUCAGGAGUGAAGCUGCUCUCUGCUGGACUGGGGAGUCCACACUGUACACUGGAAACUCUCAGGCUAAAUGGCUGUCGUCUGUCAGAGAGAUGCUGUGAAGCUCUGGCCUCAGUUCUCAGCUCCAAGUCCUCUAGUAUGAAAAAGCUGGAACUGAGUACCAAUGAUCUGCAGGAUUCAGGAGUGAAGCUGCUCUCUGCUGGACUGGGGAGUCCACACUGUACACUGGAAACUCUCAGCCUCAAUGGCUGUGAUCUGUCAGAGAGAUGCUGUGAAGCUCUGGCCUCAGUUCUCAGCUCCAAGUCCUCUAGUCUGAAAAAGCUGUACCUGAGUACCAAUGAUCUGCAGGAUUCAGGAGUGAAGCUGCUCUCUGCUGGACUGGGGAGUCCACACUGUACACUGGAAACUCUCAGGUCAGUUAUCAGCCUCUUCUUCAAACUGGUUAUUCUAGCUUCCAGUAAGUGCUGCUCCUGCCUCAUUUCUGUUGCUCUUUUCUCUGCUGACAAAACACUCCCUGGUUCUACACAAUGUUAGAACAUGUGAAGAAACGGUCUUAGCGUACCAAACACAGCAGACUUCUCCUGACUCUAACCAAACAAUAUCUCAUUGAGUUGUAGCUAUUGAGAAAGGAGCAUUUGUUUAAGAUCCUGUCACAUCCAAGUGAAGGCAGUUCUGCUGUCUGUGAUGUCAUCUCCCCACUUCCUCUUCCUGUUCUCAGACUCUCAGGGUGACACAGCUUUGUCUCCAUGAAGUAUCAAUACAGCUUUUACUUGUCUUCAAUGUUGAAUGAAUACACUUUAUAAAUGUGGUUACUUUAGUAGAAACUGCUCUCAACCAGAUGCAAUAACGUGUGUGUGUGU